AUGCCAAAAAUACAAAGUACCUCUGUAAAACUUCGACAGUAUGUCGAAGAGUUUUCUAGUACAGGUUUAAAACCGAUGGUAAAACACUAUUUUGUAAUAUUUGUGACCAGGCAGUCUCAUCAAAUAAGCGCUUUCAAGUAACUCAGCAUUUAAAUACAGCAAAACACCUCAGUAAUUCAACAAUAAAAGAAAAAAUGAAACAAAUAUUUAUUAAAGACUCAUUUAAAGAUCAGAACUCAGAAUUUUCGCUCGAUUUAUGUCAUGCAUUUUUAGAUUCUGAUAUCCCUUUAUGGAAAUUGCAUAAUACAACUUUUAAUAAAUUUGUGCAAAAGUAUACUGGUAAACAUAUUCCGGAUCAAUUUACAAUACGAAAAAAAUGUGUAUCAGUUCUUUGCAAUGAAGUAAUUGACCGUAUUCGUAAAGAAAUUGGUGAAGGCCCCAUUUAUGUUUCAAUUGAUGAAACUACAGACGUUGACAGAAGGUACGUAGCUAAUGUUAUACUUGGUCUUAUGCACGAAGAGAUAUGUUCUAAGUCGUAUUUAUUGACUUGCGAGGAACUUUCAAAGUGCAAUUAUCAAACAGUAGGGAAUUUAUUUCACGAUGCUUUAAUUAUACUUUGGCCCAACGACAUUAAAUAUAAUACAUUUUUUUUUUAUUUUUAA